UGUCCUCGAGAAGCUAUUUCCUACCUGCUGGCCUCUACCCAAAAACCAACCAAACCAACUUAUUUAGUUAAAUACUCCUUCCAUACUGUCUCAUCCCCAUACUCCUUCCAAUAAUCCACACUCCUUGGCCUCUCCCCCAUGGCCUCAUUCUCUCCAAACUUCUCUCCCUCGCUCCCCAUCGUCCUCCUCCUCCUCCUCCUCCUCCUCACUCCAUCCAUUGCCGAGGAUGGCUUUGAGAUGGGCGAGGAGAUCAAGACACACCUGCACUUCUUCUUUCAUGACAUCGUGACCGGGCCGAGGCCGACCGCGAUGAGGGUCGCAGAAUCCACAAUCACAAACACGUCGCCGACGGGGUUCGGGGCGGUGAUGAUGAUGGACGACCCUCUGACGGAGGGUCCGGAGGCCGACUCGAAGCUCGUCGGCCAUGCACAGGGGAUGUAUGCCACGGCGUCCCUCGACGAGCUCGGCCACCUGCUCAUGGCCAUGAACCUCGCCUUCGUGGAUGGCGAGUUCAACGGUAGCACGAUCACGGUGAUGGGGCGCAACUCGGUGUUCGACGACGUGAGAGAGAUGCCGGUCGUCGGCGGGAGCGGCAAGUUCCGGUUCGCCAGGGGCUACGCCCUCGCCAAGACCCACACGUUGGAGAUGCUCACCGGGAAUGCGGUGGUGGAGUAUGACGUCUACGUCUUGCACCAUUGAAGAGCUGCUGUUUGCUGAUUCCUUCGGUCUGCGAGGUCGCUGUAUUCGCUGCUAGUUUUAAAUUUCUUUCUGCCGUUCGCUUGUUAAUCGUACUUGGAGCAUGUCAUGUUGCUGCACAAGUUCUGUACGUAGUUCUUGAAUUUCCCAUGGUUGCUGGUUGUGGAUGCUGCUGUUAGUGAAAUUAUUUUGUUAUCUACCCGAAAAAAAAUAAAAAAAAAAGCAUGUUUUUGCUCA